ACACACACACUGUCAUUGUAGAAUCCUCCUGUAUCUUACAACACAGAUGGAAUGCAGACGGCCCGGUUCUAAUGAGGAAAAAGAACACGGAACAGUUCUACUGCAACCUCUCAGAUGCGUGCAUUAGCAGCAGUGACAGCAGAGAGGAGUAGCCUACAUGUACCUUCUGUACUUAAAGGUAGGCUUGGAACCAGAGUAACAUACGUAAACAGGGCUGGGUGAUUCAAACACUUAAGGGAAUCUGAUUGGCUGAUGAUGUGGGCCUGGGCACUACUUCCUGUUUUCCUGGCGGUGUGGGGCAUUGUCGGAGUGUGGGUGGUGUUUGGCAUUGCAGUGUCCAACCACUCAGUUAAUGUGACAGAACAAUUCCCCUACAUCAGUGUGUGUGGCUCCUACUCUCCUCAGAGCUCAGUGUUUUCUCAGAUCUGUAAUGGGUGCACGUUCCUGAUUGUCUGGAUUGAUGUUAUCCGUUACCAACAGGUGCGUGACCUUGGUGACAACUGUUGCCAUGCCAACCGGGCGAGCUUGGUGAUAGGCCUCAUCUCUGCUGCAGCGGUAUCCGUCCUUGGAAACUUCCAGGUGUCCGUGUGGUUCUGGGUCCACAUGUCUGGGGCGGUCCUGGCCUUCUGCCUGGGUCUGGUCUACUUCUGGCUGCAAAUGUGGCUCACGCUGAAAGCUGAACCGUCUCAGGAUGGCCACUGGGUGGCGCUGCUGCGCGCUCUCCUCUGCAGCCUCUCCACAGUGUUCCUCCUCGGCAUCGUGGUUCUCCAAGUGUCUGGGUUCCGGUCUCUGGCGGCCAUAUCGGAGUGGGCGUUGGUCAUGACCUACUUCCUGCUGUUCGGCCUCUUCGCCGUAGAGUUCCGCCACGUCCACUGCUUCCGGGUCACCGUACAGGAGCACUCCGGUGGGAACAAGAGCUACGACAGACUCCACCAUAACAACGCCAUAACAAUGCCAUAAUAACGCCAUAACAACGCCGGCUACAGAAUAUAUUCUCAGACCACAUCAGAAGCCUAGACUAGAGCAAUACUAUAUUCUCAUUCAGCAAAACACCAGCACAGAGUCGGAGGAAGUCAACAGCAGCUGAGUUUGCAGGCACUCAUGUCUCUAGUCCCCAUACGUCUGGUCUAGUCCUCACAUAGGUCACUUGUCAUAUGUCUCUAGUCUAGUCCUCACAUAGGUCACUUGUCAUAUGUCUCUAGUCUAGUCCUCACAUAGGUCACUUGUCAUAUGUCUAGUCCAGUCCUCACAUAGGUCACUUGCCAUCACACCUGCAUCAUAUUAGCACCUGUACAUGCUAUCAACAAGAACACAAAAUGUUGAGCAGUGCAUGAAUAGGACCAGUAGCCUACACAAUAGAAUGGCAUGGAGAGAUCAUUUAAAAAUGUAUAUAUUGGAUCAGAAGCCUACACAAUGGCAUGGCAAGGUCAUUUAAAAAUGUAUAUAUUGGAUCAGAAGCCUACACAAUGGAAUGGCAAGAUUGUUUAAAAAAUAUAUAUUGGCGUUGAAAAAUAACUCUUUUGAGAUACUUUACUUUUGAUUUCCAUAAACUGUAAAUGGUAGUCAUCAAGAUUAGAUUACAACAACAACAAUGUUACAUUUAUAAAAUGCUUUUCUCAACAUUUAAAGCGCUUCACAGGGAAAGGGGAACCUCACUAACUACCACCAAUGUGUAUUCUUCACUGUAGGCCUACAGUAUGUGUAAUUCAUCUAGAUUAUAUGAAUGUUUCACUUUUUAAAUAAAUUACAGGGGGGGAACUUUUCCAUGAUAUUAGUUUUUGGAGUUCCACCUGGAUGUGUUGUGCAUGAACGAGUUCAAAAGAAUGUGUUCUUUGAACACAAUAAUUUUUAUGAGAACGUUGAACUGAAUGCAACGUAUUUGCAAAUAAAGAACUUGAACGUGAACUUGUUCAGAUUAGGUGACGUUCACUGCCAUUGUUUAGGCCCAAUUAAACGUUACGGAAUUGUC